CCAGCUGCCUCCUUCCCCUCACACUCCCACUCUGCCCCACUCCUCCGUGUCCUCGGUGGAAGCUGCCCUCGGCCCGGGCUCGUUUCCCGCGCCGGGGGACGCCCCUUGCCUCCCCUCGCGGGUUGCGGGGGAGCUCCGCCGAGACCAUGAGGAAAUUCAACAUCAGGAAGGUGCUGGACGGCCUGACCGCCGGCUCGUCCUCGGCCUCGCAGCAGCAGCAGCAACAGCAGCACCCGGCUGGGAACCGGGAGCCCGAGAUCCAGGAAACGCUCCAGUCCGAGCACUUUCAACUCUGCAAGACUGUUCGCCAUGGAUUUCCCUAUCAACCUUCAGCCCUGGCCUUUGAUCCUGUACAGAAGAUCCUGGCAGUUGGAACUCAGACUGGUGCUUUAAGGCUCUUUGGUCGUCCAGGAGUAGAAUGUUAUUGCCAGCAUGACAGUGGAGCUGCAGUAAUCCAACUUCAGUUCCUGAUUAAUGAGGGAGCUCUUGUGAGUGCCUUGGCUGAUGACACCUUACAUUUAUGGAAUUUACGUCAAAAGAGACCUGCCAUACUACAUUCACUUAAAUUUUGCAGAGAAAGGGUUACAUUUUGCCAUCUGCCUUUCCAGAGUAAGUGGCUCUAUGUGGGCACUGAGCGAGGUAAUAUACAUAUUGUCAAUGUGGAGUCCUUCACACUCUCAGGCUACGUCAUUAUGUGGAAUAAAGCCAUUGAACUGUCAUCUAAAUCUCAUCCAGGACCAGUUGUCCAUAUAAGCGAUAACCCAAUGGAUGAAGGAAAGCUUUUGAUUGGCUUUGAAUCAGGAACAGUGGUGUUAUGGGACCUCAAAUCAAAGAAAGCCGACUACAGAUACACGUAUGAUGAGGCUAUUCACUCUGUUGCUUGGCAUCAUGAGGGAAAACAAUUUAUUUGCAGUCAUUCAGAUGGUACCUUGACUAUAUGGAAUGUGAGGUCUCCAGCCAAGCCUAUACAGACAAUCACUCCACAUGGAAAACAAUUAAAGGAUGGGAAGAAGCCAGAACCCUGCAAACCUAUCCUCAAGGUGGAAUUCAAAACGACUAGAUCUGGGGAACCUUUUAUUAUUUUAUCAGGAGGUUUGUCCUAUGAUACUGUAGGAAGAAGACCCUGCUUAACAGUUAUGCAUGGGAAGAGUACUGCUGUGCUGGAAAUGGACUAUUCAAUUGUUGAUUUUCUAACGCUGUGUGAAACACCAUACCCAAAUGAUUUUCAGGAACCAUAUGCUGUAGUAGUUCUUCUGGAAAAGGAUUUAGUACUUAUAGACCUGGCACAAAAUGGAUACCCUAUAUUUGAAAAUCCCUACCCUUUGACUAUACAUGAAUCCCCUGUUACAUGUUGCGAAUACUUUGCUGAUUGUCCUGUGGACCUUAUUCCUGCACUUUAUUCUGUUGGAGCUAGACAGAAGCGGCAAGGUUACAGCAAAAAGGAAUGGCCCAUUAAUGGAGGUAAUUGGGGCUUGGGUGUUCAAAGUUACCCAGAAAUAAUUAUUACAGGGCAUGCUGAUGGGUCAGUUAAGUUCUGGGAUGCUUCUGCAAUAACUCUACAAGUAUUAUAUAAACUAAAGACAUCUAAAGUAUUUGAAAAGUCAAGAAAUAAAGAUGAGAGGCCAAACACAGACAUUGUAGAUGAAGAUCCGUAUGCCAUUCAGAUCAUCUCCUGGUGUCCAGAAAGUAGAAUGCUGUGCAUAGCUGGAGUUUCCGCUCAUGUUAUUAUUUAUAGAUUCAGCAAACAAGAAGUGAUUACAGAAGUCAUUCCAAUGCUUGAAGUUCGAUUGUUAUAUGAGAUAAAUGAUGUGGAAUCCCCAGAGGGAGAACAGGCACCGCCUUUGCCAACACCAGUUGGGGGUUCCACUCCUCAGCCCAUUCCUCCUCAGUCUCAUCCUUCUACCAGUAGCAGUUCAUCUGAUGGGCUUCGUGAUAAUGUCCCUUGUUUAAAAGUUAAAAAUUCACCACUUAAGCAGUCUCCAGGUUAUCAGACAGAACUAGUUAUUCAGUUGGUAUGGGUCGGUGGAGAACCACCACAACAAAUAACCAGCCUGGCAGUCAAUUCUUCGUAUGGAUUGGUAGUUUUUGGCAAUUGUAAUGGCAUCGCAAUGGUAGACUACCUCCAGAAAGCAGUACUCCUCAACCUGGGCACUAUUGAAUUAUAUGGCUCCAAUGAUCCUUAUCGGAGAGAACCCCGGUCUCCUCGUAAAUCUCGACAACCUUCAGGAGCAGGUCUGUGUGAUAUUAGUGAAGGGACUGUUGUCCCAGAGGAUCGCUGCAAAUCUCCAACUUCUGGUUCUUCAUCACCACACAAUUCAGAUGAUGAACAAAAAAUGAAUAAUUUUAUAGAAAAGGUGAAGACCAAAAGCAGAAAGUUUUCCAAGAUGGUAGCCAGUGAUAUAGCAAAGAUGUCAAGGAAGUUAAGCUUGCCUACUGACCUAAAGCCUGACUUAGAUAUAAAAGAUAAUUCCUUCAGCCGAUCACGGAGUUCCAGCGUAACCAGCAUUGAUAAAGAAUCUCGAGAAGCAAUUUCUGCUCUUCAUUUCUGUGAAACUUUUACUCGAAAGGCAGAUUCAUCUCCCUCCCCAUGUUUAUGGGUUGGUACUACAUUGGGAACAGUGCUAGUUAUUGCACUGAACCUUCCCCCAGGAGGAGAACAAAGACUUCUUCAGCCAGUCAUUGUCUCUCCAAGUGGUACUAUAUUGAGGUUAAAAGGGGCGAUCCUGAGAAUGGCAUUCCUGGAUACCACAGGCUGCUUAGUGCCACCCGCGUAUGAAUCCUGGAGAGAACACAAUGUUCCUGAAGAAAAAGAUGAAAAGGAGAAAUUAAAGAAACGACGACCUGUCUCCGUAUCCCCCUCCUCUUCUCAGGAAAUUAGUGAAAACCAGUAUGCCGUGAUAUGUUCUGAAAAGCAAGCAAAAGUCAUCUCACUGCCAACUCAGAACUGUGCUUACAAGCAAAACAUUACAGAGACCUCAUUUGUGCUUCGUGGAGAUAUCGUAGCAUUGAGUAACAGUAUUUGCCUUGCCUGCUUCUGCGCUAACGGACAUAUUAUGACUUUUAGUUUGCCAAGUUUAAGGCCUCUACUGGAUGUAUAUUACUUGCCCCUUACCAACAUGCGGAUAGCCAGAACAUUCUGCUUCACCAACAAUGGACAAGCAUCAUAUCUUGUUUCACCUACAGAAAUCCAGAGACUCACUUACAGUCAAGAGACCUGUGAAAAUCUUCAGGAAAUGUUGGGUGAACUCUUCACUCCUCUAGAAACACCUGAAGCACCAAACAGGGGAUUCUUUAAAGGCUUAUUUGGAGGUGGUGCACAAUCUCUUGAUAGAGAAGAACUGUUUGGAGAAUCAUCCUCAGGAAAGGCCUCAAGGAGUCUUGCACAGCAUAUCCCUGGCCCUGGCGGCAUUGAAGGCGUGAAAGGAGCAGCAUCUGGAGUCGUUGGUGAAUUAGCACGAGCCAGGUUGGCACUAGAUGAAAGAGGGCAGAAACUUGGUGACCUGGAAGAAAGAACUGCAGCUAUGUUGUCCAGUGCAGAUUCAUUUUCUAAACAUGCACAUGAGAUGAUGUUGAAAUACAAAGAUAAGAAGUGGUACCAGUUCUGACAACCAGAAAUCCAAAUAAGUCCAACUUCAGCCAGAAGGAAAAAGAAUUUUCCUUUUUUAUUUUAUUGAUUUCACUUUAGGAAAGUUAACAUUAAAGGGAUGUUCGUCACUGGAUACUGUUCUUUCCUAGCACAAUCAUGCACUGUUUUACCUCAGUCAUGUGGCUUUACCUAAGGAGUGUCCACGCACACUCAAAGUGGAGUAGGUGGUAUGUGCCGGCUAUGAGUUGACAGUUUGGGAACUAAGCAGGUCACAUGUUACAAAUGAAGAAACAAAGGGGAGUGUGGAGGAGACCUGGCAGGGACUAUUCCUGGAUCAUUCCUGUAUUAAACUUUCAUAUGCCAAAAGAUUUUGUGCUGUUGUAUCUGCCAUCAGUGUUUGACCUCUUUGAGGGAGAGACAGUAAGUCAGAAGUCCUGAAGCUGAAGUAGUUUGUUUGUGUCAUUGACUGAAAUAUAAACAGCUGUCUUGGACUUUCCCUCCCUUAAACUGAAUGGUCAUCAGUAUCAUUAGUGAAAAAGAAACAAACUGUUGGUUACCAUAUCUUUAGACAGAUAAGCUGAAUGGUGGGCUUUAAAUAAUAAAAACAUACACAUAGUUGACUUGUGUAUGGGCUACUCUUGGAUUCUUGUUAUUGUAUACUUGUGUUUAGUCCAUAUUUUGUCAAAAGCAAAACAAGGUGAUACAUCACUUUUCAUUGAAAAGAAAAGUGUAGAGCAUGACUGAACUGCUCAUCAUUCUGGGAGUUUCCAUGUAGUGGCUAUACAGUGUGGAAAGUGAGAAAAACCUCCAUUGUGGUGAGGAGAAUACUUCAAUGUCCCUUGUCCUCGUUCUCAUUAAUUCAGCUAAAGGUGGAUUUGACCAAAAUAGUUACUGGUUAAAUUUGUAGAAAUGUUGAAAUUGGCUAAGUUUUUAAUUUUGCUUGAAUUUUUAUAAAAUGUUUAACCAAAUGUACCUUUGCAUUAUUUAAUUAAAAUUGCUAAAAACAAUGUUUCAUUAUUUCAGUAAAAUGCUCAGCUCCCUUUUUAAAAUACCCUUUAUUUGCUAACAGUUCCAGUACACUCAGGUGAUGAGCCAAUUAAAUCUUAGUGCACAUGCUGUCGCAUGGAAAAUUAACAAGCAUCUGUUGUCAAUAAUUAUCUAUAUAAGAGUCUAGUCUGAUGACCUACAAAAUAUUUUCUGUAGAAAUAUACUAUAAAUCUGUACAUGUCCUUUCGAGGUUUUAAAAAGCCAAAAGGAAAGGAAAAUAUGUGCAUUUUUGGUAACUAAAUUAUUUCUGUAUUGGAGUAUAAUGCAAGUGAGACUGUCAGUGAAAAACAAAUGAUCUGUUCCUAAGACAGCAUUGCAGACAGGGAAGAGAUGACUUUGUAGACCUGGAAGUAAGUGAUAUCAUAACACAGGCUCAUCUGAGAUGAUUAUUGGUGGUUCUUAAAGCAACAAAGGAAGAGCAAAAUGGAAGCAUUAUACUUACUCUUAAUGAAAUUUAAAUAUUUUCUUCUAUAAAAAAUUGUUUAAAACAUUUUCUUUUUUCAUUAAGAGAUAAACAGCACAAAUUGAUAGCAAACUUGAUGGUUGCUUUUUCUAUUCCAUAUGAUCAUUUAAGGUAUGUGUAGAACAUCUUAAUUUCACACAGUCUGUUAUGCAUCUUUUCCUCUUUAUUCUUUUCAUUAAUAAAGCUUUUAUGUUUACAUUUUGUAAUGUGCACUAUGGGAUACAAACGUUUACAUUAAAAUUUACUUUGAAUAUCAUUAGGGAGGGACUAAAUAUAUGUGAUUAGAGAUAAUUGAUCGAGCCAAAAUAAAUAUUUUUAAAGUAAUCUUUUUCAAAAGGUUUUGAAUUUGUAGAAAAUACCUAUGGAUAACAUGUUUCUGUUUAGUUAAUGCCAGCGAUACGGUGAAAAGUCAGAAGUUUACAGAUGGCGAGUUUUGUAUCCUAUGUUAUCUAACAAAUCCGUUGUUCCAUGAUCUGUCACAGGAAGUAUUAGGCCCUUUUUUAAGGUAGAGUUUUGAGAAUGUCAUCAAUAAAAUUAACAGUAUAGAUUUGAAGUUGAGAAGCAUUAAGUAAAAUAAUAUACUGGUGGAUUCCUCAUUAGGUAGAAGGGCAUAUUAGCUCCAAUUAUUUAAAUUGCUCUGUUAUUUUGUGUUAAUUGUACAUCAGCUUUAUUUCUGUGGUCAUUUUUCCUGAUGUAUAUAAAAUGAAUUAAUCCUGUAAUUAUUUUCAAAUAGAGAAGUAGAUACAUUUAUCUGAGAUGGAUUUUAUAAGAAAAUGUUAAAUCAAUAUUUUGAGUUAUUUUAUUUUGUUUUUAAAUUAAUCUACAGAUUAUGCACAGCAAACCUAGAAACUCAUUUAGAACUAGAAAGCUUGAAGUAUUUUUGAGAAUAGGAAAUAGCUUCUCCGAGUUAUACUUGAUUCAGUCUGUAGAUAAGAGACAGUCUGCAGUAAUAACUAACCCAGGGAAUUUAUUGUAAUUUGAGAGGUAACAUCUUUUUUUUUUUUUUUUUUUAAGUGCAAAAAGUAAGUCACCAGCAAGCCAGGAUUUCAGGAAAACAAACC